AUGAGUUCUUCAAUCCCACAAAACGACGAUCAAGUAGAAGUAGUACAAGGAUUUCCUAUUUCUUCUAACGAACCCUAUGUCGUUUAUGGCUUCCCUGUCAUGGCACAAGCACAACCCCAGUUCAUCAAUUCUAUCGAGUUCAACGCAGGCCGAGCAACCCCUUCGACACUGGAGAGUCAACUAGAAUCCCAGUCACAUGAUAAUAUAACCCAGGGUUUAUGCUCGGAUACUUGUUUAUCCAUCUGUAAUUUUAUGGUUAUUUUUUUAGUCAUGGGACUCUUCAUAUUUUUUUUGUUAUUUACGUCCUAUGCCCGUGAUCCGAUUUUCGACGUCGAAUCUGCAUCAGUAUCAAUCUUGAAUAAUACUUCUAGUUGGAAGAUUGGAAUUUUGACAAGGAACCCUAAUAAGAACUUUGAAUUUAAUUACAGCGAAUUUGAUGUUAGGGUUUCUUGCAGAGGUGAAUACAUGUUUGGAACAAAAACUAUUGCUUUUAAUUCAAUUGCAAAGAGUGAGACAUUGUUAAAUGCAACUGUAGUUGUCCCAUUGGCCAAUAUAAGUGAUUUCAUAGCCAAUCCCUACCCAGAUGGAGUUGUAAACAUUGAUGUGAAUUUGAAGAGUUCUGUGGUUGUACAGAAGGCAUCUCGACGACCUCAACAGACGAACAUUAAAGUACUAUGCAAGGAUGUUAGAAUUAAAGUUUCAGAAGAUAAGAGAGAUUGGCGUGCUGUGGUCGAAGGUCCAAAGAAGUGUUCUGUUAAGAUGAGGACUCUGUGGUGA